GAACCGGUCAGUUCCGGUUCUAACUAUUUCUACAGUGUAUCUGGACCCAUAAUUCCAACUAUAUUUUAAUUUUUAAGUGAUCAGCAAGGGUAUUUUCGUCCUCAAAUAGAUUAUGAUGUGUUGUCCAAUGGAAAUUAAAACGUCCGUUCAAUUUACCAGUUAUCAAAAAAAAGGGGAAGGAUUGAAAACUAACAUAAAGUUUUAAGCUCAAGAGACACUGCCGCCAGUUUUCUCUCCCGUGCUGUCGUUCGCGUUUUUCGUCUUCCGUUAUUCGUGCAAACUGCUCCUGUGUAGGUUUGUCUCCUAACUACCAAAAUGAAGAGAAAAAUACAAUUCUGGAAUUUCUUUUGCAAAUGAUAUGCUCAUCGUGUAGAAAUCCUACCAAGACAGUGUAAUGUCCUAAGGUUCGGUUUUGUAUCCAGCUCAGUUGUUCAAACAGAUUCAGCCUGGGUUUCAUGUUAGCUUAGUACUUGGAAGGUUUCCAGAGUGUGUUUAAAAUACAUCAAGUAAUAAUGAGCAAGAGACCACCACCUGAUCCUGUGGCCGUGCUGAGAGGCCAUCGGGCUUCUGUUAUGGAUGUAUGUUUCCACCCUACUAAACCUAUACUUUUCACAGGAUCUACAGAUGGUGAAUUGCGCAUUUGGGAUGUGGUCCAGCAUCGAACAUUAUCAUCUGCAUGGGUGCAUAGUGCAGCACAUGGGAUUUUAUGUGUUGCAAGUAGUCCUUUCAUUGGAGCUAACAAAGUUAUCAGUCAGGGUAGGGAUGGAACUGUUAAGUGUUGGGACAUUGAAAAUGGAGAUCUGUCAAGGAUCCCUUUGCUUACUAUCAAGACAAACUCUUAUCACUUUUGCAAGCUUUCAGUUGUUAAGAAGCCUUGUGCUAGUGUAAACCAAGUUGAAGAACCUGGUCAGUUCUACGAGAGGGAGGUUAGAGAAACCGUUGAUGUUGAAAGUCUGCAUGAAAGAGAUGAUGCACAGGCUGAAGAGCCUAAGUGUGUUGCUAUAGCUGGGGAACAUACUUCAGAGGUAGAGAUAUGGAAUCUCAAAACCGCAGAAAGAUGUGCACGGUUAUUUGAAAGUUGCUCUGGUGUCUCCCCAAACAUGUCGACUAAAGGAAGAGGGAUGUGCAUGGCUGUACAAGCAUAUUUACCUCCUAAAUCACAGGGAUUCAUAAAUGUCUUGGCUGGUUUUGAGGAUGGUUCCAUGCUUUUGUGGGAUGUACGGAAUCCUGGAACUCCAUUAACUGCUGUGAAGUUUCAUUCAGAACCAGUUCUAAGUCUAUGUAUCGAUGGCUCAUGCAAUGGAGGCAUCUCAGGUGCUGCAGACCAAAUCAUUGUAAUGUAUAAUUUGGAUCAUUCCACAGGCUCUUGUGUGAUCAAGAAACAAAUUAGUUUGGAACGACCAGGCAUAUCAGGUGCCUCAAUUCGACCAGAUGACAAAAUUGCUGCUACUGCUGGGUGGGACCAUCGAGUUCGAAUAUAUAAUUAUCGCAAAGGGAAUGCACUAGCUAUAUUGAAGUAUCAUCAUGCUAUGUGCAAUGCUGUCUCAUUUUCAAAUGAUUGUAAGCUCAUGGCCUCAUCAUCAGAAGACACAACUGUUGCACUGUGGGAACUCUAUCCUCCUCAAUCCUAGAGCAGAAGUAUCAUUCCAUCAGAUUUACACCAUUAACUUGACUUCAUCAGAGGCUAUAUAUCUUGGAUCAUGUGUUCUCCAUGAUUAGUUUAUGUCCAUAGGCAUGGAGGUUUGAAAGGGUAGUUUAAUUUGUAUUUUAACUUGACACUGUCACACACAAAAUGAUUUCAAAUAUUUUGCAUCAAUUAAGCCAUUUCAAUAAUAUUUGGUACUUGUAAUUCAAAGAA